GUGCGAGACGAGGUUCGUCGGUUAUGCGAUGAAUUGAUAAGUGUAACAACGCCUGAGUUAGAAAAGUACAAUGAGGCAAUUGUAAUCCUGAUGUCUAAGGCAACCAGUGCCAAGGAAAAACUUAUAAGAGAACUGCGAGACGCUCACGAGGUGCUAGUCACCCAAAUAUGUAACUUACGUGAUAAAAGUUUGGACAUGCUAAAUAAAGUGGAGGCUCUGGAAAAUCCAAAUCUGAGCGCUCGGAUUGAGGAUAUUGAGUCUCUCAUAGCGAGGAUCGAGACAUUUUCCACGGCAUCCACGGCGAUAAUUGAAAAAGGGGACUUAAAGGAGUUAGUGCAGUUGGACAAGGAUAUAUCCCAGCUUCAAAAGGAUAUUGAGGAUUUCCAGACGAAGGAAAAGAAGAUCAACUCAAAUGAAAACAAUAUAUCGUUGAAAAACCUUAAAAUAAACCCUGCGUACAAGUUUAUCGCCAAUGUAAUAGAAGAGACGGACAUGCUUAGGAAGACUGACGCAUAG